AUAUUUAUAAAAAUAUGGUGUGUAAAUAUGUGCUCGAAGAAGCUAAUCUUGUGAAGCUAUUUCUUGGUGUGCCAAAAUGAAAGACAAAGGUAAUAGUCAAAGUUCACUAAAGGAGUGGAAUUUGAGAGGAGAUUAUAAUUAAGCCAAUAGCAAAUAGAGUUCCAUUUAGAGAAGAUGCAAAACCCAAAAAUGCUAAUCUCAAGAUAUGAAAAUAUAAAGAAGUUCCAUUUCCCAAUUCAAACGUCUCUUUCUUUCUCACCAAUCAAUCUCCUUUUGAUUAACAUGCACUACCUUUUACUCAUCCUCUUCUCUCUCUUUAUCUCUGACUCUCUCUUAUCUCCACUGUUCCCAAGCCCAUACGGGCAAAAGAACCUGCUCCCAAAGUUGGCUCUGCAACAGAACAGAACACUUAAUAGUUACACUAAUGAAUCCACUCACACAGAUUCUUCACAGUUUCCAACUCUCCUCAAACACCAUCUUAAACUUGACUUCUCUUCUACUUCUCAUCUUCACACUAGCCUUUUUAAACUCAUCCCCUCAAGCCAGAACCACACACAUUCGCUCUCUCUCUCUUGGUCUUCAGCUCAAGAUAACAUAUAAUGGAAGAUCAUUACCAUCAAGUAGAAGUGGAGGAAGAAGAAGAGAUCAAGCCAUCCAAAGAAGCCAACAAGACAGACGAAGACACAUCAUCAUCAAGAAUAUUCCCCUGCCUCUUUUGUUCUAGAAAGUUCCAUAGCUCCCAAGCCCUAGGAGGCCACCAAAACGCCCACAAGAAGGAGAGAACCGCUGCUAGAAGAGCGAAAAGGGCUUACGAUUUCAUCAACAGCAAUGACUUGCUUCACACGUUACCUGUUUUCUUAUCCUCUCCUUCUCGACGCCACUUGACCAUCUUAGGCUACCCUGCUUCUGCCUCUGUUGCCUGCUUUCCAGCGGUUCAUACUGACCAUCCGAUCUUCAGAUCCAGUGGUUCUCAUGUCGUGUUGGCCACAUCCCACCAAGGUAGAGAGUGCAAAGGAGGGUAUUUUGGUCAACAACAUGUUGACAUUUUGGAUCAUCACUAUAAUGUGGUGAAUAGUGACAAGGGUAAAGAUCAGUGUCUUGAUCUCUCCCUCCAUUUGUGAUCUUAGCGUUAAUCGUUAGAAACAACAAAAUCAAUUUAAUUAAAGCCAAAAUCAUUACAAAAUUCGAAAUCAAGAAUCUAAUCAUCCCAAUAAAGAGACGUAAACAAAUCUAACAUGAGUGAUUACUGUGCUGCAGUGACAAAAGAUUUUGUUGUGAUAGGAGCUUUAUUUGGUCAAUAUCUUUUUUUGGAUGAAUCAAAUUAACGUAAAU